AUGGGCCAUGAUGGCGAGGACUCCUUGGCUACCAGCGAAGGUGGAGAAGAGCUUGCGAACGACCGGAGCAAAGCAACAUCGCCGCCCAGAGAUGGCGAGGACGAGUCUACGAUUCGAGUAUUGAAAGAGGAGGGUGCUGAGACGAGUUCAAAGGUGGAAUCAUCUACGAUAUCGCAGGCACGCUUUCAAAGUCUAGAAACAGAACAAGAGUAUCGUCCACCAUUACCGCCGAGACCAACCAAUGUGAAUCUACUGCGAGAAGGGUCAUACAGUCCGAAAAGUUCUCUCCAGAGAUCCAGGAAGACUUCGCGACCGCAACUACUGUCUACUGCUACCACUGCUCUGUCCCGCACCGAUAUCCACACUCAGUCAUACCAAGAUGGAUCCCGAGAGACCUUCGAUGCCUCAGCGCAGACGACGCCCCCUUCAAAAGCAACAGCUGCGUUUGGCAGUAUAAAGAGGAUCAAAGACCUAAGUGGCAGCGAGGGUGGUGAUUCUGCCAGCGUCAAGAGCUAUGCGCCAAGUCUCGAGACAGGCGGGGAUGUCGAAAGCCUACUGGGUGAAGUCCUCGGAGCAUCUCAAGAGAGUCCUGCAUGGAGGCUACAUAGUACGCAAAACGGAGCUCUGAAUCCAUUCGACUCGGUUGCAUACGAAGACGAUGAGGCGACUGUAGAUUUUUAUCGAGAAUUUGACGAGAUCGGUGCAGUUGCUGCGGACGGUGAGAACGAAGAGCAGCUACUGAACCAGUGGAAGUCCAAAAGAAAACACUUUUUGAUACUCUCGUCGGCUGGAAAGCCCAUCUACAACCGGCACGGCGAUGACAAUCUCAUAUCCGGGUACAUCGGAAUCAUACAGACCAUCAUCUCUUUCUACGAGGGUGCACACGAUCAGCUGAAAGGAUUUACAGCAGCAGGCGCAAGAUUUGUAGUCAUGUCCCAGGGUCCUCUAUACCUCGUAGCCAUCAGCAAGCUCGGAGAGAACGACCUACAGCUUCGUGUCCAGCUAGAGGCUCUGUACAUGCAAAUUUUGUCUACGCUGACGUUGCCUAACUUGACCCAUAUGUUCUCGAAUCGGCCAUCCACCGAUUUGCGACGUCCUCUGCAAGGUACAGAGCCAUUGCUCUCCGCGCUUGCGGACACUUUCACUCGGGGCUCACCGCCUACAUUACUCUCUGCGCUAGAAUGUCUGAAAGUCCGGAAGACCCAUCGGCAAGUCAUCAAUGAUACGCUACUACGCACACGAUGCGAGACUUUGUUAUAUGGCUUGAUUGUAGCUAGUGGGAGGUUGGUCAGCGUCGUUCGACCAAGGAAGCACUCAUUACAUCCGAGCGACCUGCAGCUGAUAUUUAACAUGCUUUUCGAAGCACGAGGAGUCAAGGCAGGAGGUGGAGAGAAUUGGAUACCAUUAUGUCUUCCUGGAUUCAACAAGAAUGGCUAUCUAUACAUGUACGUCAGCUUCGUCAGCGCAUACGAAAGUGGGGGGGAAGAAGGGCGUGAGGGCCAAAACGAGACCGGAAAACCGGACGACAUAGCCAUACUGCUCAUCAGCGCUAACAAGGAAAGUUUCUAUGACCUUCGCAAGAUGAGGGAUUCACUCGUUGAGGAACUCGAGGCCAAUGGUAGCAUGGCAAUCAUAAAAUCUGCAGUACGGCGUGGCCGACCUACAACAACAGACAUUGUCCCCGGCACUGUGCUUCGCCAUUUUCUGUACAAGUCUCGAGCCAAUGUUCAAUUCACCAUGCCAUCCUACGAGCCGAGCUUUACCACGCUACUGGCUAAACGGAGACUACUCUCGUUGUACCACGCACUCCACGCCAGCGUACACGCAAAGAACGCUCAUCUCAAAGUGCAUCAUUGCAUCAGUCGUGAGUCGAUAUCCCUAGCAUGGGUAACGCCGCUCUUCGAGUUAUACUGUGUCGCUGGUCCUCACGCCAGCCGCAACGCCCUCGCUCAGAGUGCCAACAAGGUCAUACAGUGGGUACGAAGGGAGGAAGAAAGGGUGUUCAUCAUCGGUGGCGCAGUAUUUUGA